UCUGUAUAUUAUCUUGUUGUAUUUCAGAUAGUAGAAGCUAUGCCACAGACACAGGUUGUUGGUGAUUUUAUGGAAGUGUUAGGUAGUUUCUAUGAGGUUGUAGAUGAAGAUUCACCAAUGAAGACAAGAGCUGCACCUAAUGGUAUGUCACUAGAUGAUGGAUAUAACACGGAACAUUCCACUGAUACUUCUACUGAACAAGGAGAUUUAUCAGAGAAUCAUGUAGAAGAUGAGAAUAUAGAGGAGACUAUACAAGGCAAGGGUAACACUGUACAGAGUAGUGAUAGUGAGGAGGAAUUCUGUGACACUUCAGCUGAUCUAGAGAUACUGGGAGUAAACAAAUUGUCAAAUGGGCCAGUCCAAACUACUGCCCAAGCUAAAUCUGCUAAAGUGAGUAAAGUGCGGUUUACAGACACGAAUGGUGUAGGAUCAUCAUACAGUGAGACUGUCCACGUUGCUCAAGGUUUCCCCUUUAUAUCAUCAAACAAUAUGAAUGGUGAAGAGGACAUAUUGUUAGAAACAAGUAAACCAUUAAGCUCUGCUGGGAGGGCUAAUAAACAAAAUGGGGAUUUAAGUACAGAUAUCAGUGUUCUAAAUGUUUCGGCUAAUAAUUCAAAUGUUGUGGGCGUGGUUGAUGAAGGUGAGGAGCCACCAGAGGGCGGGGACAAAGGUCAACAAAAAAAUUCAAAAUCAAGUCAAGGCAGUAGAAGAUCAGGAUCAUCUAGAACAAAUCUACAGGGUACUGGAGGAAGAAGAGCAUUACUGCCUGGGGGCGGGGCAGGUGGAGGGGGAGGGAAUGGGGAGCAGAACCUGAACCUAGAAAGUGGUGGAGACGUUAACGAGCAAAUAACUACAGUUCUAGUCAGAUUACAACAAGAUAUGGCAAAUGUUCUAGAUAGACUUAACAGAUUAGAGGCAAACACAAAACAAAGACAGAAAAAUGAGUCAUCUCAGAGUAGCUCAAUAUUUAACUGGGGGCCAUUUGCUAACAGGACCGGUAGAGCAGCAUUUUUCUUCCUAGUUUGGCCAAUUUUAGUUCACCUGGCAUUAUCAUAUUUCUUUAGAAGAAGGAGGAGAAGAUAAACAAAGAGUUGUUGAAGGAGAUGUAUUUUUAAAUUGAUAGUUUUUAUUUAUAAUUCUAUUUGUUAGUGAUGUGUAUGAUUAUGUUAUAGUACUGAAUAGUUUCAUGUCAGGAAUUUUAAUUUUAAUCUUUUUUUACAAAUCAUUAACAGUAUUUUAAUAAAAAUCCUCAAUUACUGGUUGGGGAGAUAACUUCGGCUGGUUGAUAAACUCGGCUUUUAAUUAUCUAAUCGACUUAUCGGCUUUUUUAAUGUAAUCAAGCUCACCAUCUUGUACGAACGCUGGAAUUUGACAAUAUCUGGAAAUUUUGUCAAGUUUGGUAAGAUAUUUAAAACAUAGCACAGACAUUUACCCGUUUGUUUACAAAACAUGCCUAUAAAUAGUACGGGAAAUCCGAUUGCUGUACGCAUGCGCAGUAGAUGCUCAUUUUGAGACCCAUAGAGGGUUACUUUUAUAUAUUGACCGACUACCGGUAAAGCAGACGAUGUUCACGGAUACAUUUUGUAGAUGAAUUUAGAAUCAAUUUUGUCUUGCAAACUCAGAAAAAAAUCUGAUUGCACAAAUAAUCACAAAUGUAAUCUUUUAGUGCAAUGGAUUGAAAAACUGAUGUUAAAUGCUCCUUUAUAUGUUAUUGUGUAGGUUGAAUACCACUGAAAUAAUUUCUUCUUCACUCUGUUAAAUUACGAAGUUACCAAAGCCAAAAUACUUUUGAAUCACUAAUUCUAAAACUACAUAUUUCGUAAGUUAAUAAAUGAAAAAUGCAUGUCUUUUUACAAAAAAAGUAGAUCUAUCUGAGUUUUUUGUUGUUGUUUUUUUUACAUAACAUUGUAUAAAAGUAACAGACCUUAUUGAAAAUUUCUGAUAAAAAUAUUUUUUUAUUUUACAUAUAUGAAUAGCAGAGGAAUAAUAAAAUGUCUAAAUAUGUUAUUCUACGUUUUAAUUUACUCAUUAAAAAUGAUUUAAGAAGAAAAACAAAGAGCCGAAAUUAUCAACUCGCGCAUGUUAAAAAUGUGCUUUUUACGUACCUCUUCCAGGGCCUCUCAAAAUUACCCGUCUUGUUUCUAAAUAUAACUUUUAUGGUGAUACCGGAAUAUCGAAGAGCUGAAGUUUAUUAUGGUGCAAGAUUCAUCAGGAUACGUAAACAAAUAAAUGAAAUAUGCCCCAAAAACACCGAUUUUCGGCCGAGUUUAUCUCCCAAACCAGUAAUGCUAAUUUUGGGAAUAAGAUUGCUGUGACCAAUUUGUACCAUUGUCAGUGUUAAUUAUUUAUGUUAAGAUAAAAGUAAAUUAUUCCAUUUCACUGCCAUUACAAAGAUUCAAAGUCUUGAAUGUCAGUUUAUUUAUAUAUACAUGCUGUUGAAAGGGUUCAAAUAUUUUUUUUUUCAUUUAAGUUAAUUAUUUGUACUAUUUCCACAAUAGUGAAGUAGUUUCAUGAAUUCAAUAACAGAUGUCAUAGUUGAUUUACAUUAAACAUUACAGUAUUAUGAUUUUAAAGUUUAUUGAAAACUUUUUCAAGUCCUUAAUUUAAAAGUGAGAGUGUACUGUGAUGGGUCAGUCAGUAGUCGUAUCACAUCAUCUUGUCAUCUGUCUGAUCAACAACUAUAGAAGGAAUGAUUGUUGAUUCAUGUAGCUUAAUAGGACACUGUCCAAAAGAUGACCUCUAUUCAUUGUAAGGUCAGCAGGUCAAGGUCACCUGGGCCUUGACCAUUAUGUCUGAACACUUCAGUCAACAAUCUUAUGAUGAUUUAGUGUAGAUGUAAGUCAUGACUUGUCACAGGUCAUAGUAAUAUUGUAUAAAUUCUUUGUCCUAUCAAUAACCUCUAAGUGUGUCAAACUGUCUGAACAUUUCCUAUAUGAGGCCCCUAUUGAUUGGAGGUCAUAAGGUCAGGAUCUCAGUUAAGCAUGAAAUACUAGUCUAAUCAUGAACAAGAGAUUCCUCUGUCAAAAUUUUGUUCAAAUUUAACACCUGACUUUUAUAAUAUAUGCAUAAGUAUGUAAAUAUGCCACUGUUAACAGCAAAUGGAGUGGGGUUAUAAGUGUCCUUUAGGCACACUUUGCUUAUCUUGAGCUGAUGCAUGGACAGCUUUUGAUAGGGGAAAGUAUUUUGUUUUCUUUUUACCAAUAUUUCAUCUUCUGUUAUUUUUUUUAUCUGUAUGAUGUACUCUAAUUGAGAGGUAAAAUUAUUAAUUAUAGAUUCAAUUUUAAACAGAUAUGAAUUAACCUUGCUUUCACAUUAUUAUUUACACUUUUUUUUAAUUGAAUGAAUGUGAUUGUUUUUAAUUAUCCUCACCUGGCUCUUUAUUGUACUGUAGUGUUGUACAUGUAUACUGAUUGUAGAUCAUGGUGUUAAAAUAUUGAAAAAAUAUGCCCAUGCAAUUUCGGAAUUGCCUUGAUAUUCAAGGUCAAAUAUUACCGGUAAGUUCAGGAAAAUUCAUCAUUAUAUUUUAUUUAUUAAUCUCCUGCCAUAUAGCUAGAAGGGCAUCGUCUGUUUGUGUGUCUGACCAUAUCUUGGUCACAUUUAAGUGUUGGCUCCAUAACUUUUAAAUUGAUAAAAUGUUUUUAAAAUAACUUGGCACAAAUGACCACCACCAUAAUACAAUGAGCAGAAAUUAACUUCCAGGUUGUCACUCCACCAUUGGGUCAAGGUCUAAACACAUUUCCCAAUAAUUUGCCAAAAGUUAAAUAAAAAUAAUUAUAUUCUUUUUACUAACUGUUAUUUUAUUUAUAAGUAUAACGGACAUUUAAUUGGUAAAAAGAAAGAGUGUAAAUAAUGUUUUUGUUUGAGAUGAGUGUUUCAGUGAAGUAUAAAUGAUUAUUGUUUUGUAUCAACAUUAUAUGGAUAAAUUCAACUGUGAUAUUCAUUUCCGUUAAUGUAGUAUUAAGUAAAUGAUUCAAUAUAGUGACUUGUUUUGUUGUUUUAUUAUUUCCAAAUAAUUUUAUUAUAUCUAACACCCUAGUAAACUAAGCAUGGACAAAGUUAAAUUGUCUAAUAGCAGACAUGCACUUUAGUAAGUUCACAGUCUUGAUAUUAUAGGUUCAAGUUUGUUGGCACUUGAAAUGUUCGCUUACGUUACCAGUAUAUAGGCAGGCUGACUGUGUGCUUGUUCUGUUAUUCAUAAACAUGCAAAGUUUCAUUACAAAAUAAUUCUUAAGUAUGGAUCCUUAUUGACAGACUCUCUUGUCAAAUUUGUACAUAAGAUUUCUUUAAAUUUUCUUGUGGUUUAUAUAACCAAUUACAUUGUAAUACAUUUUUUAAGCACACAGCAGAAACUAACGCAACAUUAUAAACCUUAUAUAAUAAUCGUACAAGGUCAAUGUCACAAAUACUCCAGCCUCAUGUCUAUUGGGCAUCUACACCAGUUGAAGAUCUCCCUUUAUAGUUUACCAGCAGGGGUUAUUACUCUCAAAGGCAGCUGAAGAUAUUUUCUAGUCAGCUGGUGAUUUUAGAUUCGAUAACAGAUACAUGGUUUUAGUAUAGUUAAAAUGUUUUAUUCUUCAUUUCAAUAAAUUAAAAUAUCUGAAUAUAACAAAAGAUAGAAACAAAACAUUUUCCCAUGCACCAAAAUUGCAUCUCAUCUUUUAUUAACAUUAAUUUUAUUGUAAAUAAUUAAGAUAAAUAAAUGUAUUUACACCAAAUUGCCACAUUCUUUGAGCAUUUUAGAUCAUCCCAACAAAAAC